AAGUCAGUCACGGUUACCAGGGACUUCGGCUUUGCUGGUAUCCAAGUGAAGACGUGAUUUUUGGGGAACUCGUCGAUUCUUCAGAGAGAAGCAGAGAACCUCUAGUUUCUGUCCGGUAACAGAGGACCUACCUGCGGACUGAAGGUUGAUGCUGUUACUGCUCAGCUGGAAGGCAAACAGUUAGAAGUUAGAAAAAAAUGGCGCAGAGAAAGAAUUCGAAAAGUCACUCUAAAAAAGCAGCCCUGUCAGUCAUCAGGGGUCUGCAGCGUACCACAAGGAAGGGGAAGCCUAACCUUAAAUAGAGCCUGAAACCGAUGGAGCCAACCAGCAGCAGGACCUUAACAGUCUGUGGCUCCAGCUUGGCUCAGAGAGGGGAAGAUGAUUCCAGUGGAGCACAAAAAUGGAAAACGGACCGAAGGAGGAGGAGGAGCAGCUGCAGAAGGAGGUCCAAAGUUUUCCAUGUUCACCUGGUUUGUGGUUCUGUCUCUGCUGGGAGUCUGGAGCUCCGUGGCCGUGGUGUACUUCGACAUCGUGGACUAUGACAGCGUCAUUGCGAGGACUCAGGAGUUUCGUAUGAACUUCUCUGAAGUUCUGCAAGGAAAACUAGCCGCCUACGACACAGAUGGUGACGGAGACUUCGAUGUGGAGGAUGCCAAAGUUCUGCUCGAUCAGAAGAAGUUUGGAGGAAGCUCUCCAAGGCUGGAAAAAGAGGAGGAGGAGAAGAAGGAGGUGAAGAAGAGAGGAGAGACUUCAGAAGAACCUGAAACAUCACAAACCAAAGUCAGAGGCGUCAAGCUGCGCUCGGUCCUUAGAGAUGAGCUGAGGCUGAUCCACGAGAAAAUGGAGGCCAAGAGGAUUGCUCGGAUCGCACUGGCCGAGAUCCGGGAGCUCCUGGCUGAGGAGCAGGAGGAGAGGGAGGCAAUCUGGGCACAGAAGAUUAGGGACCUGGAACAAGUGAGGGGCAAGAGGAGGAUGGAGGAAGAGAGGGCGGAGAAAGAAAGACUGUCCAGAGAGAAGGCGGAAAAGGAGAGACUGGCCAAAGAGAAGGCGGAACAGGAGAGACUGACCAGGGAGAAGGCGGAACAGGAAAGACUGGCCAAAGAGAAGGCGGAACAGGAAAGACUGGCCAAAGAGAAGGCAGAACAGGAGAGACUGACCAGGGAGAAGGCGGAAAAGGAGAGACUGUCCAAAGAGAAGGCGGAACAGGAAAGACUGUCCAAAGAGAAGGCGGAAAAGGAGAGACUGGCCAAAGAGAAGGCGGAACAGGAAAGACUGGCCAAAGAGAAGGCGGAACAGGAAAGACUGGCCAGGGAGAAGGCGGAACAGGAGAGACUGGCCAAAGAGAAGGCGGAACAGGAAAGACUGGCCAGGGAGAAGGCGGAAAAGGAGAGACUGGCCAAAGAGAAGGCGGAACAGGAAAGACUGGCCAAAGAGAAGGCGGAAAAGGAGAGACUGGCCAGGGAGAAGGCGGAAAAGGAGAGACUGGCCAGGGAGAAGGCGGAACAGGAAAGACUGGCCAAAGAGAAGGCGGUACAGGAAAGACUGGCCAAAGAGAAAGCGGAAAAAGAGAGACUGUCCAAAGAGAAGGUGGAAAAGGAGAGACUGGCCAAAGAGAAGGCGGAACAGGAAAGACUGGCCAAAGAGAAGGCGGAAAAGGAGAGACUGGCCAGGGAGAAGGCGGAAAAGGAGAGACUGGCCAGGGAGAAGGCGGAACAGGAAAGACUGGCCAAAGAGAAGGCGGUACAGGAAAGACUGGCCAAAGAGAAAGCGGAAAAAGAGAGACUGUCCAAAGAGAAGGUGGAAAAGGAGAGACUGGCCAAAGAGAAGGCAGUACAGGAAAGACUGGCCAAAGAGAAGGCGGAAAAGGAGAGACUGGCCAAAGAGAAGGCGGAAAAGGAGAGACUGGCCAAAGAGAAGGCGGUACAGGAAAGACUGGCCAAAGAGAAGGUGGAAAAGGAGAGACUGGCCAAAGAGAAGGCGGUACAGGAAAGACUGGCCAAAGAGAAGGCGGAAAAGGAGAGACUGGCCAAAGAGAAGGCGGAGAAGGAGAGACUGGCCAAAGAGAAGGCGGUACAGGAAAGACUGGCCAAAGAGAAGGCGGUACAGGAAAGACUGGCCAAAGAGAAGGCGGUACAGGAAAGACUGGCCAAAGAGAAGGCGGAAAAGGAGAGACUGGCCAAAGAGAAGGCGGAGAAGGAGAGACUGGCCAAAGAGAAGGCGGUACAGGAAAGACUGGCCAAAGAGAAGGCGGUACAGGAAAGACUGGCCAAAGAGAAGGCGGAAAAGGAGAGACUGGCCAAAGAGAAGACGGAACAGGAAAGACUGGCCAAAGAGAAGGCGGUACAGGAAAGACUGGCCAAAGAGAAGGCGGAAAAGGAGAGACUGGUCAAAGAGAAGGCGGAAAAGGAGAGACUGGCCAAAGAGAAGGCGGUACAGGAAAGACUGGCCAAAGAGAAGGCGGAAAAGGAGAGACUGGCCAUGAAGAAGGUGGAAAAAGAGAGACUGGCCAGGGAGAAAGUGCAGAGGAUGAGGCUGGCUCAAGAAAAGGCAGCUAGAGAAGAGAGAGAACAACUAGAACAACAGAGGGCAGAAAAAAGGAUGGAGAGGGAGCGCAUGACCAAAGAAAGAGAUAGACUAGAGCAAGAGAAGUCAGAGAAGGAAAGAAUAGAGAAGGAGAGACUCCUAAAAGAAAGACUUGCUAAAGAGAAAGCUGAGAAGGAAAGGAUAGAAAUGGAGCGACUUAGUAAGGACAGAGAGAGAAUCGCUAAACAGAAGCAGCAACAAGAACAAGAAAGGAUUUCUAAAGAGAAAGCAGAAAGUGAACAGCUGGGGAAGGAAAGACUGGCCAAGGAUAAGGCUAGGAUAGAGAGAGAAUCUAAGGAGAAGGAAGAGAGGGGGACAAUUGCUCAAGGAACAGCUAGAAUGGCUCAGAAGGAGAUGUCAGAGAAGGUCCUGGUGAUGAGAAAGGAGGGGGAGAAGGUGAGGGAACAAAUGAUGAAGGAAAAAGAGAAGCAAAAGGAGGAAAAGUCAGAAAAAGAGAAAAUAUCCAGGCAGAAGGAGGUGAGACAGUGGCUGGCUAGGGAGAGGGACAUCCAGGAGAAAAUGGCGAAGGAGAAGCAACGAAACGUCACAAAGAACAACAUGAAGAGACAAGAGCUUUCAGAGACGAAGAACAACGCUUCCCAAACUCGAGCUCCAGCAGCCAUUAGGAGGGAGAAGAUUGUUGAUGGGACUAAAAAAUGACUGGAUAGAUGAGCUCAUGGAGCUACAGCCCUUUAGUUCAUGGAAACAGAUGAACGAAGGAUCGAGAUGAGAAGUUGAACCCGUUUAGCCUGCGUUGGAUUUGUUUGGACACGCAGGUGUUGUCGUACCUGUAAACAAGCGACAAUGUCACCAACGUUUAGAUUUAGUGAGUUGAAUCAGAUGCUUUUAUUUUGUGGGGGCUGGUGCCUGUCUCCAGGCCUCAUUGGGCGAGAGGCAUGGCCCACCCUGGACAGGUCUCUAGUCCAUCAGAGGACAACCAAUCAUGUACACUCACUCUUAUCUAAGGACAAUUUAGAGAGACCAGUUACAUCAAUGUCAUGUUUUUAGACUGUGGGGGAAAGCUGGAGAACUCGGACAGAACCAAACGUGCUCAGGAGGAACACACAGACUCCAUCCAGAAAGACUACAGGCUAGGAUUUAAAUCCAGUCAAUAGUGCUACCAGCCGACCCACUGUGCAGAGUCUGGUUUGUACCAUCAGAUGGUACACAAUGGAGACUUUCAUACGGACGCCAUUUCUUACCACUGUACUGAACCAUCACUCCAUUUGUCUUCAUUGUUGGGUAUUUAGGAUGAAUUAUGGGGGUAAAUAAUCAUUAGGUCAAACAUAAUUAAAUUAAUAUGAUUUUUUUUUUAUCAAACCAUGAUGCCGUUUUCCUGAUUGUUGUCCAGAUCCCUGUUUGGGCCAAUUGACCCUUAUAAAGAAUGAGAUAUUCUGACCCCUGAUCAAACCAUAAUAACUGAGUGACCUCCUGCUGGCAGACAUUUAUUUCAGUUACGUUUUCCUAUUGUUGAAUAUGUUCAGGUAAUAAAGAAACGUUGGUUUGAUCUGAAAGCGGGCGCGAGACAUCCCCAAAGUGGGUACAAACUGACACCUGACUGGGACAAGACCAACUUUUUUGAAUAGAAUUGAGUUGAAUUUAUUUGGUGAUGGCGUGCCGUUCAGCGCAUCAUUAGCACUUCAUGACCACAGUCAAGUAUCGCCACCAAGGAUAAACACACCAGAAAGCCAGAAGCUGAUUCCCAUCCUUGUUGUACUUUAAAGCAAACAGAAACGUAUGAAAACACCAGCACCGUUUAAAUGCCGCAGUGUGAUGUAAACGAUAGUGUUGACAUGGAGAACACAGCAGGGGGCGCUAUAGAAAGGAAAUAGACUCCUCCCCCUUCCUCUCUGUGGUUCUUCAGCUCUGUGUCAGAAGCUCCACCCCUCUACUGGUGGUUGACAAACAUGCAGCUUGUAACCAUGGUAACUGUUGGUUAGCCAGCUUUAAACAACCAAUCAAAACCAUCUGAAAUCUCCCUGUAAGCAGAGGCAUUGAGUCUAUCUAGCACAGCUGGAAGAGCUAUUCCUCAUAGACUGUAUUAAUAAAUAUGACCUGAUGUAUAUCUGUGUGGUUGUUUCCUUUGGUUUUAAUACAUUUCUGUCAUUUUUGCUUCAUAAAUGUCUGCUGUUUGCAGAAUAGAUGCCAUUUUUUUAUUCAUUAGGUUUCUAUGUAGCUGUUUGAAGCAGGAACAUCUGGACUGGAGGAGGUGGGUUUCAGCUCUGAUGUCACAGCGCUUCUUAAAGAUGUGAAAAAUUAGAAUCAACAUGUAAAUGUUUGGACUAAAUGAUGGAAACAUUUCAGAGUUUAGUUGUUUUUCUUCUGUUCAGAAUUUUCCUGAUGAGGAUCAUCUCUCCUGUCCUGACUUCUUCCUCCUAUCUUCUUCACAAGCAUCCUCAGCUCCUCACUGGUCUUAUAAACUGGGUGAAACUGUGACAUUUACCUGUGAACCGCAUCAGUCACACAUCCACACUGCAGGGUUCUGUUCUGGUGCUGUUUUCAUGUCUGGGCUUUAAUAAAACUGCAGGAACUGUU